CUGGGCUCUGGGCCCUGGAAGAGGGUUUGUAUGGCUGUUCAGGCUGUGACCCAAACGCAUCAGCGCCUUCUCGUUUCCGGGGCUCUGUGACUUGAACCUGUCUGCUACGCCCCACUUGUGACUGGGCAGGAUUCCUGUCCCUUCCAAUCCGGGCUCUGCUUAGAACUCUCUGUUGGGUGGAGAGACUCUUCCUGGUACUCCUCAAGGUUGGGCUUAGCCUCCCACGAGCUGGGUUUCCUAGAACGUUUGUCCCUGAGUGUUGGUUUUGCCAGGUCUUUUGUGCUUUCCUCCCUCCCGGGCGGUCCCCAGAACUAGGUCAGUUCAUUUAGUCCCUGUAGCCCAGAGAAGGACUAUCCAGAGCAGCUGCUUGUUGGUGGAUCUAGGUUAGGAAUGAAACUCUCAAUCUCUAAGGAGAGAACUCUAAAUCUGGGCUCUGCUGCCGCCCAUAGAUAGUUCUGGCACAUAGAGCUUCUCUGUGCCCAGCACACCCCAGCCUGAGGGAGAAGCAAGGGUCCCAGGAUUUCUAAGGAAGCUGGGAAGUCAGAUUCUCUUGGAGUUUUCUGGGUAGCUGUUGUGUGUGCGGGGGACGGGGGACAGUUCAAGAUGGGAUGAACAGGUGUGCAUCUUUGUGUGGGACCUUUGGUCACCUGAGAUUGUAUGUUUGGAGUUGAAAGUUUGGCCACAAUCCCUGCUGUUAUCUCACUGGACAUAAUCUUGAUAAUCAUCUCCUAGAAAAGGCUGAGCUACUGGCGAAGUUUUCAGAGAACCUUCAGCAAAAGCCAAAUGAUGCCACUUCUGCCACCCAUCAGGGCUGCUGGGAGGAAUCAGGACCUGACUCAGCCCAAAGCCCACCACCAGCCACUCUGAGGGUGAAGUGGCAGGAGGAGGAGGAGGAGGGGCUCCGCCUGGACUGUGGUGAGAUGGCCUACCAGGUGGUGAAGAAGAGUGCAGCCUUGGACCGCCUGCAGUCAGACCUGGAGGAGCGGAAAAGCAGGCUGGCGGCUCUGGAAGCCCGCGUGGCGCAGCUGCAGGAGGCGAGGGCGCAGCAAGUCCGCCAGGUAGAGGAGCUGCGGAGGCAGAACGCGGCGCAACGGGAGGCCUAUGAGGCAUUGCGCGUGCACGCUGAGCACCAGGAGGCGGCACUGCGCAGGCUCCAGGAGGAAGCGCAUGACCUGCUGGAGCAGUUUUUGCAGCGCAAAGUGCGCGCUGCCGCUGAGCGCAACUUGCGCAACGAGCGCCGAGAGCGGGCCAAACAGGUGCGGUUGUCCCAGGAACUGAAGAAGGCUGCCAAACGGACUGUGAGCAUCGGCGAGAGCCCACACACCCUAGGCGAUGGAAUCAGAGAGCAGACAGAGACUCUGGCUCUGGCAGCUAAGCCUGAGUCCCUGGAGAAUGAGGCUUGUGGGAAGUGGAAAAGGCCCUUCAGGUCUGCCUCAGCCACCUCUUUGACCCUGUCCCACUGUGUGGAUGUGGUGAAGGGGCUGCUAGAUUUCAAGAAGAGGAGAGGUCACUCAAUUGGCGGUGUCCCUGAGCAGCGAUACCAGAGCAUCCCUGUGUGUGUGGCUGCCCGACUUCCUACCUGGGCUCAGGAUGUCCUGGAUGGCCACCUUUCUGAGGUCAAUGCUGUUUGUUUUGGCCCCAACAGCAGUCUUCUGGCCACUGGUGGGGCUGACCGCCUUAUCCGCCUCUGGAAUGUGGUGGGAGGUCGUCUGGAGGGCAACCAGACCCUUGAGGGAGCUGGUGGCAGCAUCACCAGUGUGGACUUCGACCCCUCGGGAUCCCAGGUUUUGGCAGCUACUUAUAACCAAGCUGCCCAGCUCUGGAAGGUGGGAGAGGCACAGUCCAAGGAAACACUGUCUGGACACAAGGACAAGGUGACAGCUGCCAAAUUCAAGCUAACAAGACACCAGGCGGUGACUGGGAGCAGAGACCGGACAGUAAAGGAGUGGGACCUUGGCCGUGCCUACUGUUCCAGAACUAUCAAUGUCCUUUCCUACUGUAAUGACGUGGUGUGCGGGGACCACAUCAUCAUUAGUGGCCACAAUGACCAGAAGAUCCGAUUCUGGGAUAGCAGGGGCCCCUGCUGUACCCAGGUCAUUCCUGUGCAGGGCCGGGUCACCUCCCUGAGCCUCAGCCAUGACCAGCUGCAUCUGCUCAUCUGUUCCCGUGAUAACACGCUCAAGGUCAUCGAUCUCCGUGUCAGUAAUAUUCGCCAGGUAUUCAGGGCUGAUGGCUUCAAAUGUGGUUCUGACUGGACCAAAGCUGUGUUCAGUCCUGACAGAAGCUAUGCACUGGCAGGCUCCUCGGAUGGAGCCCUUUAUAUCUGGGAUGUUGACACUGGGAAACUGGAGAGCAGCCUUCGAGGUCCCCACUGUGCUGCUGUCAAUGCUGUGGCCUGGUGCUGCUCCGGGAGCCAUGUGGUGAGCGUGGACUAGGGCAGGAAGGUUGUGCUCUGGCACUAGGACCACGACACCCGCUGCCUGGACUGCAGAAUAUCUUCCCUCUGCUUCACAAGGGUCCGGAGCUCACAGGGUGGGGGUGGCCUCCAGAUUACGGGGAGAAGGCCUAGCAGGACUUGGCCUGUUUGUUUACAAACAGUUUUUUUGUUUAAAAAAAAGGUAUUU